UCCUGCUCUAGCCAGAGUACAGAAACGUUGACACGAUGUCGUUCCUUUCAUCGUGCUUCGGGCGCGGACAUGAUAUGUCGGAGCGAGAGCCUCUCUUGCCGCAAUAUGAGCAGGACACAGAACUGCAGCGGAAGCUGGCCCAGAAGCUGCACAGCUACCAGAUGUACCGCGCCCUCUCCAGAGGAUACAUGCCAAGCACCGAACAGAUCAUCAUCAAUCUACGAACACUCCUUUCAAGCGAUGUCCUCAAUGCGGAUAACGACGACCUGUCAAACAGUGGCAAGCGGCUGGUAACACAGACCAGAAAAUGGAUUCAGCAAUUUAUGGACCUACUUCAGCACAAGAACGACAGAGAUCAAAUCCAAGACCUGAUAUGGUUCUUGAGCAAGAGCAGGAUAUCGGUCGACGUGGACGAUAUUUCGGUCAAGGCAAGAAAGAGCAAAGCCAAGGCAGAUACAAUUGCAGCAUAUCAAAGCCUCCAGACUGUGGGCUCAUUACUGCUCACCAACUCUGACUUCCGAACCUUCCUUGCCGACCUCAACAUCGUAGGUCGACAGGUCUUCAAGGACGCUGCCUUCACACUUUCGACAGUUGCUGAAGAUGCCGGCAAGAAGAUUGAGCCUUCAGAAGCGCAGAAGAACCAGAUUGAGGAGCCAGGCAAUGAUGCAGGGCAUGCCCCCACCACGAAUGAGCUGGGUGAGAAUGCUGCGGAAGUUGCGCAAGUUGUCGUGAAUGGCACAGCGCAGGUUGCGAAGACUGCCGUAGAAAGUGCAAAGGAAGAGCUUUCGGGUGAUGAGGGCAAGACGCUGCUCAAUCGACUCAAGCAGGCUAUCUUGAAACUGCAGAGACGACCAGACUAUUCAGAGUCGGUAUCGACGCUGUCUCUGCUCAUCAAGAGAUACGCUAUCGUCUACUCGCGUGCUUUGGAAGAGGUUGGCAAGACUGCGCAGAAAGACGUGCAUGAGAAUGAAGCUCUCGAUCGAGCAAUGCACAACAUGUGGAUUUUCAUCACAAGUUUUGGCGACAAGAAGGAAUGGGACAAGUCGAAGCAGCUGCUCGACCAGGUCAUGAGUCACAAAGAGAAAGACCCCCAAUUCGAGAGGUUGAUGCAGGAUACUGGAGACUCGCUGCAGAAGCUUUUGACUGAUCCGGACUUCCUAGAUCACGCUGACGAGAAGUUCAACGAGCUGAGGGAAAAGAGUCAAAAGGUUGGCUCGGACAGCGACCUCAGCAAGGACAUCCAGGCACUGCUCCACCAAAUCCAGGUGACAUUUAACAGUGUUCUGCAAGACCAGCAUAUCCAUAAGCUCAUCACAACCACCAUGCGUAUCUUCAGAAUCUUGUCACCGCUUGAUCGGAACACGAACCCAGAGUUGCUACAGGACUCGAUCAACGUAUUUGUCCCUCUACUAGUCGCCGCUAUCCAAUACAUCCCGAUACCACGACUGGAGGUCAGCACUCCCGAAGCUGACAUUCUGCUUGAGAACCUCAUCAUCGAACCCGGUCAUACCGUCAACCAAACCUCCUUCCUACCCUACCGACUGAAGGUGGAGACCUACAACGACCUCGAAAUCCGCAAGGCCAAAUUCAGAACCACAACCGCAACCACAAACCUCAUGACAAUCAAGCUCGACGGCCUGUCCCUCCGAGCCGAAGAAAUCGGCUUCUGGCUCCGCGCACACAAAGGCUUACUCCGCCUCGCAGAUGAAGGAAUCGCCAGUUUCGCCCUCGACGAACGCGGCAUCGACAUCCACAUCGACGUAGAAAUCUGUAAAGACCGUCUCGAACAAAUCCUCACCUUGAAAGCCGUACGCGUCCACAUCCACAAACUCAACUACCAAUUACGAAAAUCCAAAUUCUCCUGGCUCAUGUCCUGGCUCUUCAAACCUCUCCUCCGCCCCAUCCUCCGCAAAACCAUGGAAAAACAACUCGCCACCGCACUCGCAGAUUUCUUCCACGCCGCGAAUCGGGAAUUAGUCUACGCUCGUGAACGUCUUCGCGCAACAAGGAUCAGCGAACCCAAGGACAUUCUCACAUUUUUCAAAGCCGUUGCCGCGAGACUGACUCCCGCCGAAGACCCGGAUUUGUAUACUCGAGUGGGGAUCGCGCAGCCUGGGAAAGGUGUUUUCAAGGGAGUUUAUGCUCCGGGGAGUGUGGUCAAGGUUUGGAAUGAGGAGGCGACGAGGGCUACGGAGAGAAUUGAAGAGUUGGAGGAGGCGGGGUGGAGGAAUGAGAUUUUUGAUACGCAUGUGCUGAGUUUGACGUGAGGGAAACCAAAGAGCUGCUUCUAAUGGGCUAAGAUUGAUUUUAUUAUGAUAUGAUAUGACGAAGGAAAAGAGAAAAAAUUAUGUACAGCACGAGGGAACUUGAACUCGGGAUCAGAUACUGUAGUGUAAGAUUGAGAAUGCAAUGCUUUUCAAGAAUCUCG